AUGUCAAUGUACCGAGCCUCUCAGGGCAUUGCCCAGGCAUCCAACCCAAAUGCUCCGGCGCCAAUUCCUGCCUCAAGCGUGAUAUCCGCUCGUGGACUUACCAAGGUGUUUGGGUCCGGCGACCAGGCAGUGACUGCGGUCAAAGAGAUUCAGAUGGACAUCAUGCCCGGUGAAUUUCUCGCGGUAACGGGCCGCUCCGGUUCGGGGAAGACCACACUGCUAAACCUGCUGGCCGGCUUGGACCAACCCACCUCGGGGGGAGUAGUCUUUGAAGGCCGCAACCUGACCGAGUUUUCCGAGAGUCAGCUGGUGGAUAUGCGCCGCUCCCGCAUCGGCUUCGUCUUCCAGUCUUUCGGUCUCAUACCCCUGCUGUCCGCCUACGAGAACGUGGAACUGCCCCUGCACAUCGGCGGCACCCGUUGGCGGGAACGCAGGCAGCGGGCGGGAGAAGCCCUGGAGCUGGUGGGACUCGGUUCCCGCACCGGACACCGGCCUUAUGAACUGUCCGGCGGUGAGCAGCAGAGGGUGGCCAUCGCCCGGGCCCUGGUAACCGGCCCCUCGGUGCUGUUUGCCGACGAACCCACCGGCGAGUUGGACAGCGUUACGGGCAUUUCCAUCGCCACCAUCCUGAGAGACAUCGCCCGGGAAAGAGGCGUUACGGUAGUGACCGCCACCCACGACCUGGCCCUGGCCGGCAUGUGCACCCGACGCCUGGAAAUGGCUGACGGCGCCUUUGUAGAAAGGUAA